UCCGUUUCCUCCCCGCUUGAAGGGAAAGUAAGAAAGAAAGAAAAGAAAAAAAAAAGGAAAAUCGUGUCUCGUCUCGUCUCGUCUUCGUCUCCCCCGAUUCCCGAGCAGCUUCUCGAAACCCUCGCGGCCUCGAUUCCGGCGAUGGCGGAGCCCAACCCGCAAGUGGAGAGGGAGGUGGAGGUGGAGGAGGUGAGGAGGCCGAAGCUGAGGUACUUGGAGUUCGUGCAGGUGGCGGCAGCGCAGGCGACGAUCUGCCUCGCGGGGCUCUACGCGCUUGCCAAGGACCACGCCGGCCCGCUCCGCCCCGGCGUCGACGCCGUCGAGUCCGCCGUCAAGGGCGUCGUCGGCCCCGUCUACGGCCGCUUCCAUGGCGUCCCCCUCGACGUCCUCGCCUUCGUCGACCGCAAGGUGGAUGACACGGUGCAAGAGCUGGACCGACACCUCCCGCCGACGCUGAAGGCCGCCUCCGCCAAGGCUUGCGCGGUGGCCCGCGGCGUGCCGGACGUGGCGAGGGAGCUCACCGCGGAGGUGCAGCAGUCGGGCGUCACCGGCGCCGCGCGCGUCGCGUACGCCAAGGUCGAGCCCGUGGCCAAGGGCGUGUACGGCAGGAUCCAGCCGGCGGCCAAGGACCUCUACGUGCGCUACGAGCCGGCGGCGGAGCACCUCGCCGUCUCCACCUGGCGCUCGCUCAACAACCUGCCGCUGUUCCCGCAGGUGGCGCAGAUCGCCGUGCCCACCGCCGCCUACUGGGCCGAGAAGUACAACAAGGUGAUCGCCGCCGCGGCCGACAAGGGUUACACCGGAGCACAGUACCUCCCCGCCAUCCCCACCGAGCGCAUCGCCAAGGUUUUCGGCGAGUUAUCGCCGGAGGCCCAGCCGUCGAAGAGCGAGUCGGCGAAGACCCAGUAGGUGAGGUCACCGCGCCUGAAGGUGAGAGGUAGCCUUCGCCUGAAGUCCUGAACUGAAUAAGUAAGAGUGGGGCGCUUAUGGCAGCAGAAAAAUGGUGUUUUAGAUGUAUGCAUGUGACGACAUUUUCGUGGAUGAUGAUGUUCUACUUAGCUCUUUUACUUUGUGUUGUGGCGUACGUUUAAUCCUCCUGGUUUUGUAUAAAAGCUGUGGUUGAUGUCGCAAUCUUUUAGCUAAUCCAGUGCAAUUAGGCUUGAACUUUC